CGUAUUUACUGGUGUAGAAUGGAGAAAGUAUCGAUCAGAAAAGAGAGUAGUUUAGCCAAAGUGUUGGGGACACUAUUAUCUAUUGUAGGUGCACUUGUGGUUACUCUGUACCAUGGUCCAGUGCUUAUGUCUUUACAGUCAGAUUGGGUUAUUGGAGGUGGCCUUCUUGCUCUUCAGAACAUUCUUUACUCCUUCUCUUACCUUGUUAUGGCACACAUAAUGAGUCAAUAUCCAUCUACUAUCGUUGUAACGCUCGUACACAAUGUUUGCAUUGUCUGUGUGUGUGCACUCGUUACUCUUUUGGUUGAGAAGGAUGACUCAAAGGCAUGGAUGAUACGAUUUGACAAAACCUUGAUUAGCCUUGUAGCAACGGGUAUUUUGAAUUCAGUAUACUAUAUUGUACAUACAUGGGCAGUGAUUUACAAGGGACCCGUGUAUUUGUCAAUGUUCAAACCAUUAUCUAUAUUGAUCGCAGCCGCAUCAACGACCAUUUUCCUCAGCGAGUCCAUCUACCUUGGAAUUUUGAUAGGAGGAAUAUUGAUAUCAGUAGGAUUUUACAUGGUGUUGUGGGGGAAAGCCAAGGAAGCCAAAGUGGACAUAUUAGGAACCAUUGAGUCGUCUCCUUCACAUGAGGCUCCUCUCUUGGGAAGUUAAAAGAUACCAACUGUGUUUUCUUUAUUCUUCUGCUAAUCUCUCUAUUAUAUAUUUUUGAUCUAUAAUGUUCUUACGUUGAUUAUUUAUGUAAUAAGAAGACCAUGAAUGACUUCGAUUUCUGUCUCUCAUAAAUUCGAUUAUGCUUGGUUAAUAACCGAAAAAGUAAAUCUUUACAACUCCAACAAAUUAUUGUAUCCUGGUCUUUGUAUUGUGUUAAAGACAUUUUUUGUGUAGUUGCUUAAACAUCUUUAUAACUUUUAACUAGAGUAACUCGAUUCUUGUAUUGUUCGUCAUCUUGGUUUUAAAUACGUGUGUUUAUAUGCUUUGUUCUUUUCAAAAAGUUCUGUUUGUUUUAUUUCUUCUGUUGUGCUAGCUAUUAGUCGAGUGGAGAAAACAAAAUCUAAACAUGGAACUAACUUGUCACUGAUUAUGAAAUCUCACCAGUUUUUAUAAAUCUAAUCAUGUUAUUAUGACUUGUUAUUAUCUAAAUAUAGUCAUGUUAUGACAAAGUACAUUUACCCCGUGAACCUGUCCGAAUAUAACUUCAAAAUAACUUUUCAUAUAACUUGGAACUAACUUGUCAUAAUAACUUGUUUCAAAAUAUCACCAGUUUUAUCUAUAAGAGCUACAUAAAUGAUUUUUAUUUUUUUGAAACACUUAGCUACAUAAAUGAUUAGAUCACGAUAUUUGAUGGUCAAUGAAUAAAUAUUAAGCAUAUGGACCAUUGUCCAACCGAUCCAAAAAGUAUCUUACUGACCAAACAGUACAUUUACCCCGUUAGAUCAAUGUUGACUGGUUUUCUUACACACGUGCUUAAUGUUGAAAGUUUACUAC